GGGAAACGGGACCCCCAGCGUUGCGCCCUUCUUUCUCAGCUUUUUGCGGGGACACGACUCUUGUUUUUAUUUUCUUUAAAGCCUUUUGAGCGGCUUUUUCCCCCAAAGUUGGAACGGGCAGGGAGCGGCAAAGCGGAAGGGGGGGGGGAUCCUAAAAUUUGUUAUUUUGGGGGAGGGGUCCUACAGUAUUUUUAGGGUGGGCCCGCAGCAUAAGUGACAGCAGGGCUUGAACGAUGGCGAUUUCUCCUUAUUUGGAAGGGGAGAGACGAUUUGGGGGCAAUCUGCCCCUUAUUUUCCAGCCGCAGGGCCCGUCCUAAAGGCGUGGAGAGGGGGGGACACGCAUGGAGGACAGCCAGGAACAGCACGGGGGGGGCGAGGAGCCCCCCGCCAGCACCGAGCCCACCGAGACACCAAGCCCUGAGCAGGCAAAGCCAGCAGAUGCCAAUGGUGAGAAAGAGGAGGAGGAGGCCUUCCUCGUCAGCCUCUACAAGUUCAUGAAGGAGAGGCACACACCCAUCGAGAGGAUCCCACACCUCGGCUUCAAGCAGAUUAACCUGUGGAAGAUUUACAAAGCAGUGGAGAAGCUGGGAGCUUACGAGCUGGUAACAGGGAGACGGCUGUGGAAGAAUGUGUACGAUGAGCUGGGCGGCAGCCCGGGCAGCACCAGCGCAGCCACGUGCACCCGGAGGCACUACGAGAGGCUGGUCCUCCCAUAUGUGCGGCACCUGAAGGGUGAGGAUGACAAGCCGCUGCCUCCCAGCAAACCCCGCAAGCAGUACAAGGUCUCCAAGGGCACCGAGAUGGGUGAGAAGAGCAGGAGGAGCAAGAAGGAGAAGGGGCGGGAGCAGGUGGCACCGGAGAAGGCAAAGCCUGAAGUGGCAGCCACCCCUACAGCCAGCAAGGAGGACCCAACAGAGGCCCAGGAGCAAGGCCAGCCAGCAGAGGGACGCACCAGCCCCACGGCCCCGGCCCCAAACCCUUCUGCAGGGUGUCCCAGCACCUGCCGAGCCCACGCUGAAGCCUACAAACGCCUCUUCUCCAGCUUUUACUCCAAAGGCAACCACCCCAUCAUGUCUCCGCUGGCCAAGAAGAAGCUGCUGGCUCAGGUGAGCAAGGCAGAGUCCUUGCACUGCCUCAAACGCCACUGCCUGGAGGGCAGGGAGGUGGCGAGCAGCGCUCACCCCAACCCAGAGCCCAGCCAGCCAGCUGUCAGCCCCCACCUCAAAGAGCAGAGGAGCCCGGAGGCACCAGGAUUGAAGGACACCCCCCGGGGAGGCUGGAGCGAGGCAGGACCCAUCCCCAGCGCAUCCCCUGGCAGGACGGACAGACAGCCUUACCCAAGAGCUGAGGACGGGGGCCCUGCGCCCGCUGUCUUCACCGGCUUCUUCCACGCCUAUCGCAACGAGGUGCUGAAACCCAUCAGCUGCCACCCCUUUGGGGGAUAUUUCUCCAACCUGAAGGAUUUCUUGGAACCACAACCUGAGGACGCGGAGGCCGGCCAAGAGCAGCCCCAAGACCUGCGGAGCAAAGCGUGGAGCAGGGAGAGCCCGCAGCCGGCCGCCUUCGCUGCCGUCAAAGCCUGCUGGGUGCCCCCGGGGGCCGGCUUCGCCCCACUGACACGGAGCCCCACAGCACCCACAGCCAAACGGAGCCGGGACGAGGAGGCUUUGGGCCCCAGCAGGAAGCUGCAGGUCGUUUCCCCCUUUCUCCACGAAACUGAAGGCAGGGACAAGGGCGCUGGCUCGCCCAGGAGCCACCAAGGAUUGGCCAAACCCAAAGCCAUCAUUCCCGGACCCGGCUACGCCGCUCCGCUCACCUCAGUGCCUCAAGGCCCAGAUGUUUACAAGGGAGCCAUGCUGCGCUUCCCGGUGAACUUCAGCAACUCCCUGGAGCACCUGAAAAACCAGGCAGCCCCAGCGGUGCCGUCUCUCUCCAUCAACCCCUUCAUCAUCCCUGCUUUCCCCAGCCCUGUGAUAGCCACCUCCGUGCAGCCCUCCGACCCCAGGCACUACCCGACGUCCUAUCAGGGCUCACUGCAGCACCGGCUCUACCCCACAGCGACUUGGCACAGCCAGCACACCUACAGCACCCCACACACCUCUGCUUUCCACCGUAACACCAAGCUGUAGGGCUGCUGUCCUGCU